UGUGAAUGUGGAAAAUGAAACAAUUCUAUUUUCAAAUAAGAGUUUUUCGAUUUUGAUGAUUCCACUUAGAUUGACGAGAAAUAUCACAACCUUUAAAUUCCUCCAUAAACAUUUGCUAUAUCAGGGCGGAAGUUGGUUUAAAAAAAAACAUGAGAAAAAUUAAUCUUUCCGUAUAGUUUUUUUCUGGAUUGUAGUGUGACAAAAUCUCUUUGACCUUUAUAUCACGUGAUGCUAUUUUUUGGAAAAAAGAUUAGCGUCAAAAAAAUUUUUUCUCUUGACAUUAUGGCUCGUCCUACAGAGGAACGCGAUCAAGACGCUACGGUCUAUAUCGGUAACCUUGAUGAAUGCUUCUGGCAGGACCCGUUGGUAAUUUUCACUCUUUCCGCUCAUUUUUAUUUUGUUAAUAAUCGAAUAUCGAAUUCAUUUACAUAUUUAAUUUUGUUAAGUCGAAAUAUUUAAUUUAGAUUGC